AUGCAGGCGGUGCUCUCCAGUGACUUCUCCUUCGCUCAGUUCCGCUACCUGCAGCGCCUCCUGCUGGUGCACGGCCGCUGGUCCUACCUAAGGAUGUGCAAGUUCCUGCGCUACUUCUUCUACAAGAACUUCACCUUCACCUUCGUCCACUUCUGGUACGGCUUCUUCUGCGGUUUCUCAGCACAGGUGAGACACAGAGACAGAGGUGCAUGCACAGAGACGAGUAGAAAAGUCAUGCUUUAGUUUGUUUAGAGAAUGAUAUGUUAAUUCCUUUAUAACUAGGGGCAUAAGUAGUUCCUGACCAGGAAACAUUCUGGGCUCUAAUGGACUAGAGUCAGUCAUGUAUUUAAUGUGUAUGAUUUGUUGUUCCCCCUAACAGACUGUGUAUGACGAGUGGUUCAUCACCCUGUAUAACCUGGUUUACACAGCUCUACCUGUGCUGGCGUUGAGUCUCUUUGACCAGGUAAUCAUGUCUCUUGGGCUUAUGUUAGUAUGUCAGUAAUGUACGUCAGCCAAUUAUGUAUGCCACUGCAAGUAAGUAGUAUGUAAUCACAUACAUACACUGAGUAUACAUAACAUUAAGAACUCUCUUUCCAUGACAUAGACUGACCAGGUGAAUCCAGGUGAAAGCUAUGAUCCCUUAUUGAUGUCACUUGUUAAAUCCACUUCAAUCAAAUCAAAAUCAAAUCAAAUGUAUUGGUCACAUACACAUGGUUAGCAGAUGUUAUUGCGAGUGUAGUGAAAUUAUUGUGCUUCUAGUUCCGACAGUGCAGUAAUAUCUAGCAAGUAAUAUCUAACAGUUCGACAACAAAUAUCUAAUACACACAAAUCUAAUUAAAGGAGUGGAAUAAGAAUAUAUAAAUAUAUGGAUGAGCAAUGUCAUUGUCAGAGCGGCAUAGGCAAAGAUGCAAUAGAUAGUAUAGAAUACAGUAUAUACAGUUGAAGUCGGAAGUUUACAUAUACCUUAGCCAAAUACAUUUAAACUCAGUUUUUCACAAUUCCUGACAUUUAAUCCUAGUAAAAAUUCCCUGUCUUAGAUCAGUUAGGAUCACCACUUUAUUUUAAGAAUGUGAAAUGUCAGAAUAAUAGUAGAGAGAAUUAUUUAUUUCAGCUUUUAUUUCUUUCAUCACAUUCCCAGUGGGUCAGAAGUUUACAUUCACUCAAUUAGUAUUUGGUAGCAUUGCCUUUUAAAUUGUUCAACUUGUGUCAAACGUCUCGGGUAGCCUUCCACAAACUUCCCACAAUAAGUUGGGUGAAUUUUGGCCUUUUCCUCCUGACAGAGCUGGUGUAACUGAGUCAGGUUUGUAGGCCUCCUUGCUCGCACACGCUUUUUCAGUUCUGUCCACAACUUUUCUAUAUGAUUGAGGUCAGGGCUUUGUGAUGGCCACUCCAAUACCUUGGCUUUGUUGUCCUUAAGCCAUUUUGCCACAACUUUGGAAGUAUGCUUGGGGUCAUUUUUCAUUUGGAAGACCCAUUUGCGACCAAGCUUUAACUUCCUGACUGAUGUCUUGAGAUGUUGCUUCAAUAUUUCCACAUAAUUUUCCUUCCUCAUGAUGCCAUCUAUUUUGUGAAGUGCACCAGUCCCUCCUGCAGCAAAGCACCCCCACAGCAUGAUGCUGCCACUCCCGUGUUUCACGGUUUUUUCCUCUAAACAUAACGAUGGCCAUUAUGGCCAAACAGUUAUUUUUUUUUACAUUUUACAUUUUAGUCAUUUAGCAGACGCUCUUAUCCUGAGCGACUUACAGGAGCAAUUAGGGUUAAGUGCCUUGCUUAAGGGCACAUCGACAGAUUUUUCACCUAGUCGGCUCGGGGAUUAGAACCAGCGACCUUUCGGUUACUGGCACAACGCUCUUACCCACUAAGCUACCUGCCGCUAUAUUUCUGUUUCAUCAGACCAGAGGACAUUUCUCCAAAAAGUAUGAUCUUUGUCCCCAUGUGCAGUUGCAAACCGUAGUCUGGCUUUUUUAUGGCAGUUUAGGAGCAGUGGCUUCUUCCUUGCUGAGCGGCCUUUCAGGUUAUGUCGAUAUAGGACUCGUUUUGCUGUGGAUAUAGAUACUUUUGUACCUGUUUCCUCCAGCAUCUUCACAAGGUCCUUUGCUGUUGUUCUGGGAUUGAUUUGCACUUUUCGCACCAAAGUACGUUCAUCUCUAGGAGACAGAACGCGUCUCCUUCCUGAGCGGUAUGACGGCUGCGUGGUCCCAUGGUGUUUAUACUUGCGUACUAUUGUUUGUACAGAUGAACGUGGUACCUUCAGGCGUCUGGAAAUUGCUCCCAAGGAUGAACCAGACUUGUGGAGGUCUACAAUUUUUUUCUGAGGUCUUGGCUGAUUUCUUUUGAUUUUCCCAUGAUGUCAAGCAAAGAGGCACUGAGUUUGAAGGUAGGCCUUGAAAUACAUCCACAGGUACACCUCCAAUUGACUCAAAUGAUGUCAAUUAGCCUAUCAGAAGCUUCUAAAGCCAUGACAUCAUUUUCUGGAAUUUUCCAAGCUGUUUAAAGGCAUAGUCAACUUAGUGUAUGUAAACUUCUGACCCACUGGAAUUGUGAUACAGUGAAUUAUAAGUGAAAUAAUCUGUCUGUAAACAACUGUUGUAUAAAUUACUUGUAUCAUGCACAAAGUAGAUGUCCUAACCGACUUGCCAAAACUAUAGUUUGUUAACAAGAAAUCUGUGGAGUAGUUGAAAAAUGAGUUUUAAUGACUCCAACCUAAGUGUAUGUAAACUUCCGACUUCAACUGUACAUAUGAGAUGGGUAAUGCAAGAUAUGUAAACAUUAUUAAAGUGGCAUUAUUAAAGUGACUAGUGUUCCAUUUAUUACAGUUGCCAGUGAUUUUCAAGUCUGUAUGUAGGCAGCAGCCUCUCUGUGCUAGUGAUGGCUGUUUAACAGUCUGAUGGCCUUGAGAUAGAAGCUGUUUUUCAGUCUCUCGGUCCCAGCUUUGAUGCACCUGUACUGACCUUGCCUUCUGGAUGAUAGCGGGGUGAACAAGCAGUGUCUAGGGUGGUUGUUGUCCUUGAUGAUCUUUUUGGCCUUCCUGUGACAUCGGGUGCUGUAGGUGUCCUGGAGGGCAUGUAGUUUGUCCCCGGUGGUGCGUUGUGCAGACCGCACCACCCUCUGGAGAGCCCUGCGGUUGCGGGCGGUGCAGUUGCCGUACCAGGCGGUGAUACAGCCCGACAGGAUGCUCUCAAUUGUGCAUCUGUAAAAGUUUGUGAGGGUUUUAAGUGACAGGCCAAAUUUCUUCAGCCUCCUGAGGUUGAAGAGACGCUGUUGCGCCUUCUUCACCACACUGUCUGUGUGGGUGGACCAUUUCAGUUUGUCAGUGAUAUGUACGCCGAGGAACUUAAAACUUUCCACCUUCUCCACUGCUGUCCUGUCAAUGUGGAUAGGGGGGUGCACCCUCUGCUGUUUCCUGAAGUCCACGAUCAUCUCCUUUGUUUUGUUGAUGUUGAGUGAGAGGUUAUUUUCCUGACACCACACUCCGAGAGUCCUCACCUCCUCCCUGUAGGCUGUCUCAACGUUGUUGGUAAUCAAGCCUACUACUGUCGUGUCGUCUGCAAACUUGAUGAUUGAGUUGGAGGCGUGCUUGGUCACGUGGUCAUGGGUGAACAGGGAGUACAGGAGGGGGCUGAGCACACACCCUUGUGGUGCCCCAAUGUUGAGGAUCAGUGAAGUGGAGAUGUUGUUUCCUACCUUCACCACCUGGGGGCGGCCCGUCAGGAAGUCCAGGACCCAAUUGCACAGGGCGGGUUAGACCCAGGGCCUCAAGCUUAAUGAUGAGCUUGGAGGGUACUAUGGUGUUGAAUGCUGAGCUAUAGUCAAUGAACAGCAUUCUUACAUAGUUAUUCCUCUUGUCCAGAUGGGAUAGGGGAGUGUGCAGUGUGAUGGCGAUUGCAUCAUCUGUGGACCUAUUGGGGCGGUAAGCAAAUUGAAGUGGGUCUAGGGUGACAGGUAAGUUGGAGGUGAUAUGAUCCUUGACUCUCAAAGCACUUCAUGAUGACAGAAGUGAGUGCUACGGGAUGAUAGUCAUUUAGUUCAGUUAGCUUUGCAUUCUUGGGUACAGGAACAAUGGUGGCCAUCUUGAAGCAUGUGGGGACAGCAGACUGGGAUAGGGAGAGAUUGAAUAUGUCCGUAAACACACCAGCCAGCUGGUCUGCGCAUGCUCAGAGGACGCGGCUAGGUCUGGGCCGGCAGCCUUGCGAGGGUUAACACGUUUAAAUGUCUUACUCACAUUGGCCACGGAGAAGGAGAGCCCACAGUUCUUGGUAGCUGGCCACGUCGGUGGCACUUUGUUAUCCUCAAUGCGGACAAAUAACUUGUUUAGCUUGUCUGGCAGCAAGACAUCGGUGUCCGCGACAUGGCUGGUUUUCCUAUUGUAGUCCGUGAUUGUCUGUAAACCCUGCCACAUACCUCUCGUGUCUGAGCUGUUGAAUUGCGACUCCACUUUGUCUCGAUAUUUACGUUUUGCCUGUUUGAUUGCCUUGCGGAGGGAACGACCACUCUGUUUGUAUUCUGCCAUAUUCGUCGUCACCUUGACAUAGUUAAAUGCGGUGGUUCGUGCUUUCAGUUUUUCUCGAAUGCUGCCAUCUAUACACGGUUUCUGGUUAGAGUAGGUUUUAAUUGUCACAGUGGGUACAACAUCUCCUAUAUCAUUGUAGAUGAAGGGGAGGAGACAGGUUAAAGAAGGAUUUUUAAGCCUUGAGACAUGGAUUGUGUGUGUGCCAUUCUGAGGGUGAAUGGGCAAGACAAAAGAUUAAAGUGCCUUUUGAAGGGUAGAAGGUGCCAGGCGCAUCGGUUUGUGUCAAGAACUUCAACGCUGCUGGGUUUUUCACACUGAACAGUUUCCAGUGUGUAUCAAGAAUGGUCCACCACCCAAUAUUAGGAAGGUGUUCCUAAUGUUUGGUAUAUUCAGUGUAUGUCUCCCUCUAUAUCUGUGUGUUUAGGAUGUAAAUGACCGGUGGAGUUUCCAGUACCCCAAGCUCUACGCCCCAGGCCAGCUGAACCAGUAUUUCAGUAAGAGGGCCUUUGUCUACACGCUGUUACACAGUGGCUACAGCUCCCUGGUCCUCUUCUUCAUCCCCUGGGCAGCCAUGCACGACACGGUCCGAGACGACGGCAAAGACAUUGUGGACUAUCAGUCAUUUGCCCUGCUGGCCCAGACCUGCCUGCUCAUCGCCGUCAGUAUACAGGUAAGGAGAAGGGAGGAGAAGGGAAAUAGCAUGUGUACUUACGUUAUCAAAUAUGGGCAUUUGUGUUGGUAUAUGAAUGUUUCAACUGAGGCUUAAACCAUACUUACAUACAUACACACACAUACACACUCUGGACUAAUGUAAAAGGCAUCUCUCUAAACACACACACACACACACACACAGUAACAGAGUCUGAGGUAGCUGCAUGUGUCUUUGUUAAAGCUGGGUCUGGACACCCACUAUUGGACGUCAGUGAACCAGUUCUUCCUGUGGGGCAGUUUGUGUGUGUACUUUGCUGUCAUAUUCACCAUGUACAGCAAUGGCAUGUUUCUCAUCUUCACCUCCUCCUUCCCCUUCAUCGGUGAGUAGUACCACUCAGCACCCAUCCAUCCAUCCAUCCAUCCACCUCCUCUCCCUUCAUCAUUCAUGUCUUUCUAUCUGAACGUUUGGUCAGUAACACUAUCUGUAACUGUUUGUUACAGUAUCUGUCACUGCAAUCAUCAUCUGAAUGCAUGUUGUCAUGCUAUACUCUAUGUAACAGGCACAGCCAGGAACUCCCUGAACCAGCCCAAUAUGUGGCUGACUAUGCUACUCACCUCCAUCCUCUGUGUGCUUCCCGUGGUGGCAUACCGCUUCCUCCGCAUCCUGCUGUGGCCCACUAUCAACGACAAGGUCAGAUGUCGAGGGUCAACACAUUUGUAAUUGCCAUUGAAGAUUCACAAAUUAUUACUUUUCCCUGACUGUCUCCCUCAUUCCUCCUCCUCCCUCUAGGUGAGGUACAAGGUGAGACAGGACAAGGUGCUGCCCCCUGCCCCUCGCCGUGUCCAAGCCCGCCGCACCAGUACCCGCCGGUCAGGCUAUGCCUUCUCCCACGCCCAGGGCUACGGUGACCUGGUGACCUCAGGCAAGUUCCUGCGGAGGAGCCCGAAGAGCCGGCCAGCCCUUUUCUCCCAGACAGACUCCCCAUUGGCCCAGACCCAGCCUCAGUUCUACCGCACCAUCAGUGAGAGGGAGGAGCCACCACUGAGUUCCUGGGACUGAUGAACUAACAGAGCACACAGUGUUCAGCUCAUUCAGUCUGAAAGUCCUCACUUAAUUAAUCUAUUCCAAAAAUAUAUAUCAAAUAUAAAUCAGCCAUGUUUCUGUGAAACACUUCCACUGAUGCGAGGAUGUGUAACAUUCUUCGUCUGGAUAAAAAAAGGACAACCCCAAGCCUAAAUUCAGCAUUUAGUGCCAGGCUUAGUUUCAAGAUAUAUGUAUGUGUAAGUACUGUCCUUGUAAAUGUAAAAAAAAAAUAAGUAUUGGUUAUACAGCAACAAAAUCAUGCUGGGCAUAAGUCCAAAAUUAUUAUUAUAUGGUACAAUGGUCACAGUGGCAGUCAGUGCCGUUUAAGAUUAGGGAGGACGAUUCGUUUCUUUAUGGCCUUAUUUCUAUUACACAUAUUGGAUGACUGUCAUUCAUAUUCCAUUCACCCAGCUCAAUGUAACAUCUAUAGGUUUAGGCUACUACAUGAUACUCUAAUUUUCCCUAUACCCAUCAUGAGGUUGCUACAACCUAGCCUACGAAUGAAAGUUUAUAAUGUAGGUGAAAAGGAUACACCAUGGUGCUACCCCAGAGUGUGUUGUUGAGGCUACUGUAGACCCUCAUUGCAAAACAGUGUGUUUUAAUCAGUUAUUUAGUGAUGUGAAUAUAUUUACCGUAAUAUAGUUUGAUCUAAAUAAGGCUAACAUUUUUUAUGUUUUGCAAUUUUUAUUUUUAUGAAAUUCACUGAGUAGGAUGGUCCUCCCCUGUUUAAUUAUAGCUUUAUAAAUUAAAUGUAGUUAUUCUUUAGUUAUUAAUGUGUUAUUAUACAAUUUGGUGAGACUAAAAGGACCUUAAAUAAUAUCAUUUGAAUCUUUUAUACACAUUUUCUUUAUAUAUUGUUCCACCUACAUUCUAGUGCACUGUCUGUACUCAGGGUGUUGCAUUGUUUUGAUAUAUGAUGUUAUUAUUUGAGAUAUCAUGAGUGCAUUAUGCCAGUCAUAGCCUAUAUGACUUUAACUGAUUUAUCUUAGUAUACCUUAGUAGACAUAUGUGUGUAAUAUUUGUUGGACCUACAUAAAGAUUUGAUAUAUUUUUUCUGGGAAUAAUGUAAUUUGUAAUGUGUAUAUGUAUGGUCUUUAUUGUAUGAAAAUAUAACAUUAUUCUCAAUCAUUGAAACACUAUAAUCAGACUCUCAAAUAUGAUUUGAAUUAUGUAGCCUACUUUUUGAGCAUUGUACUGCCAUAAUAAAUGUUUGAUAUUUUUGUAUUCCUUUUGUUGUUGUUUUUGCUGUUUUUAAUCAUUGGUCUUUGUAUAAGUAAAUUGCCUACAUUUCUAUUCGUUUUUGUUGGAAACGGCUUGAGUGACAAGUCAUGCGCUGUGCGCAUUGGCUAGAGACGUUGCGACGCAAAUAUACCUCUGUUUCACUGGAAGCGCUGGACUGUUGGAAAGAAGGAACCGACCUGAAGCAGUUGGGACUAUUGGCAGUCACAAUUUACAACAUAAUAACCACAAUUUACAACAUAAUAACCACAAUUUACAACAUAAUAACCGAUCGAAGCCUUCAACCUACCCACAACACCAACCGUAUGUAUGUUUAAUGUUGUUUGUUUAACGUCAUUUAAUACAUCAGCAUUCGAGUGGGGCAUGUUUUAGUCAUCAUUCAAUUGGAUUAUGUUGAAGAUUUUGAAGGGAAAAUAUAUCGUUAGGCCUACUCUUCUCAAUUAUAUAAUAUUAAUAUUAUGCAUCCAUUGUAACUUUAAAUUGUAAAAAUGGGAGAGGAUUACAAGUUUGACCCGCGGCUUUUAUAAUAAAAUGUAGGUUAGGAGAUUCCUGCAUAGCCUAUUCCAUGAUGCUCUCAUUAAAAAUGUCAAUGCAUUUUUAUGUUUGUUUGUUUUUUAAUGCUGUUUAUUUAGAAUGUUAUUUCAUGUGAACGUCUUUAGGACAUAGUAGUGCUACUGUCAAAUGUUGGUCAUGUGUGUGUUUUGGUAGCCUACUGGCAUGAUGCGCUGUUUAGAAACUGUGCUGACACACGUUCUGGGCUCUGCUGUCAGUUUCUCGCUUUGACACUCGCCCCAUUUCACACGCCCUCCCCAUCUUUUAUGCAGACCCUCUGUCACAUUGUGACUCGUGAUGUCUUUCAGGUGUGCUGUGUAACCUAGAAUGACAACCUCAGACAUUCUGAGACAUUGUAACUAACUCACUAUUCAGUCUAGUGCACUGGACACACACACCUAAACAGUUUUCCUUCCACUCUGUUUGUUAACCCUUAACCUUUAAGCAGAGGAGGUGGUGCCCAAGGAGACCAAGCUCUGUCUGAUGUACUGUGUUAGGAUAAAUCUUCUGCUGAAAUGACUGAACAUAGUCUUUUAAACAUUACCUUGCCAAUUCCGUAUUACCCGUGCCUACAACAAUAAUUUCCACAGAAUAUAGGCCAAACUGUUCUAAUCUGAGCACCAUAAUGAUGUCUUCUGUACAGCCCUUUAACUGUUCAUUACAGGAAAGCAAACAUUAUAGAAACAGACAAAAACAUCAUCAAAGUUUGUUAUCUUGAUCUGUGUUCCACUAGACCACAGCCUCUGAUUAGUAGCCAGGCAGGCAGGGGUGCUGACUGGGACGCGGGGGCAUAUCAAAUAUGCAGUGCAGUGGUUAGUCAUCUGCAACAACACCCUGUCAGCCUGCAUGGCCCACUUUCCACAGGAAGUUCUCUACUGGUAUUUAUCUCAAUGAUCUUAUUUAAAGACGAGAGGCUCCAAGGAACUGUCAGUGCAUGAAUCCCAGUUCUCAUGGAUACGAUGCCUAUGUGAUUAGAGAGAAUCUUCAACUAUUCUUCUAUGCCAAAUCAGGAACAGUCAGCUUGUUGAUAAGUGUAUUUUCCUAGUAAACAGAUGAACUGAGACACAGAGACACUUAAGCCUAGUUCCUAUGAUUAAAAUAUGAGUUGAUUAUGAAUGUGUCUGUAAUGGAUAUUACUACAGUUAUGGAUAGGUUGCCAGGGUGGAGAUAUUUGUUGACAUGUUUGUUCGAAACCUUUUGAGGAUAAAGAGGAUUUAUUUCAGCCUGUCACCAGAUGUUGCUGAGAUUACUUACAGAUUACACCCAGAUGGGGCACUGUAGGGGUGUGAACGGUAGGCUGUGAAGAAUAACACCUCUCACAAACAACACUGUACCCCAGAAAAUGCAGCAAACAGACAUUUAGCAUUUAGAAUCGCAUUAAAGUUAUUUAUAGUGACUUGACCUCAAUACGAAAAUAAGCUUCAAAGCUCAAGAUGAGACUAUUUGGAUGAUUUAACAGAAUUCUGAAAAUGACAGGGGUUUUAUAUUCUAAAACAGAGCCAGGUGUAGAGUAGAGCCCACCCUCUCCAAAUCUCUUAAAAUGACUCUGAGCCUGCUCACUGUAAUCCAUGACAAUGUUGUCAUAGGAGGCUGAGGCUCAGAACUGUCUGUACAGGGAGGAAGCGCUAGCUAAGGGUUUACGGGACGAGAGUUGGGCUCAGAAAAUGUGUUUGUGUGAGUGUGUGUGAACAGUAUGUGAUAGUCUGCUGUGUGCAUAGGUCUAAGACACUGUAACACGGUCUUUCUAUCAGACUCUGCAGUGCAGAGUUAGACAGACUAUGAGUAACUAUGGGUGACUGUUGCUAGGUGGGGAGGGAGGAGGAAGGGAGUACGCCAUGGCUGACUGAGUGAAUCAUGGAGUUCUGGCCCACUGGCCAUGCUGAUGGCUUGAGGCAGAGGAUGUAGUAGUAGUUUGACUUACUAUAGGCUCCAGAAUUAUCACCAAGCUUCAUAGUAGCAUUGGGCUGCUUAUCUGUUCUAUUAUCCUCAUAGCCCAUUUAAUGCUCUCCUCCUCAGGUGUUUCCUUCGGAGAAUGGACACUCUUGCAGUAAUAGCAUCACCUCCUAGCUGAGAGAAUGAACAGGACGGCCAGCCUAUCAGGGGAUACCCUGAUCGCGUGUCACUUCCCCCUGGUGCAGCUCCCCCCCUGGCAGCUUCCUGUGCAGGCGGCUCUGUGCAACGGCUCUGCCAAGCAGCCUGGUCGGCUGUGCUCCAGCUCCGUAGGUCUGACCCGUGCCGCCUCCCUCCCCGAGCAGGACAACCUCCACAGAGAGCCCUUCCACAGGAGCCUCAGACACAUCUCCUCCAGCUACUGGAGCCUCAAGGAAGACCGGGGCGAGGAGGAGGGCGACGGGGAGGGGGGCAGCGACAGCAGCGGGAGGUGUGACUCUGGAUCAUCACCAGAGGAGGCAUCACAGAUGACCAUCUCCCAAAGACAUAAAGAAGACCCUGUAGUUAGAGGUUCUUUACGGUCACACAACUCCUUCCUCCCGAAUGAAGGGGUGGAUGAAGAUGAUGAGGAUAUUGAUGGAGAUAACCUGCACAGAUACCACGAGGACUCCUCUUUUGUGUUGCAGCUGCAUGGGAACUCUAACUGGGCCCUGAGUAAUGCUGGGAGGUGGACCUCCAAACCUAGGCAAUCAGCCAGUCAGCAGAAACAUGACAACAAAGGUAAUACUGUGUUGAUGGACUGUGGGGAGCAGGAGAGACUGGAGGACAUUGAAGAUAAUAUGCUAAGAUGUGGUGAUGAGGGCUACUGCUUCAGCUAUGGCCAACCAAAAUGUUUCCCUGAGUCUUUCUCUGAUGGUCAUCUGGAGUAUGUCACAGACUCCUCCUGCAACAGCUCUGAUGGGGUUCUCGUCAACUUCAGCGCCAUCUACAAUAAGAGUAACAACCCUGCCUCCCCAAACAACCUCAGCAGCCCUGCAGUGCAGUCCUCCCAGCCAGCAGAUGGCUCUGUCUUCCUAAACCUGCACCCUUUCCCCCAGGAGUCCCAGGGGCCUCAGGCUGCUGGACCUACUCAGGGGAGCCGAACAACCUCCUCUCCUCAUGACUGGGGGCCUUCUGCCCCCUGCUGGUCACCGCAGGCGCUGGACUCCAACUGUAACGUCUACCUUCCUGACGCCCAGAGCCUCCUGUCCUCUCUGGAGGUCUCUGACCUCACUUCCUGUCUCCAGAGCCAGGCCAGGCUGCUGCCCACAGGGACCACCCAGAAGUACUACAAGCUGGUGACCUGUGACCUCUCAUCCCAGUCAGCCUCGCCUAGCCCAGCCUGGUCCAGCACCACCAGUGUCACCUCAGAGGGCCAAUACGUCCUCUUCAGUAAGGCCCGGGGAGAUCAGGGCCAGGGUAACAAACAGGUAGGCGUACCACAAUGAUGUACAGUAUGUUUAAAAAGAAGCCCAAUUUUUGUUUGUCUCCUUCAUGUUUUGACUAAUUUGUAAGAUGAUGAAUGACUUUCAUAACGGUUGACUUUCCUAAUCAAAGUUUUCUCUUUCUCCAUGGCCAGCAGGAAGAAGGCUCAGACAAAGAAGGGAGGAGAGCUACCCUAUUGCACCGUCCUCGCUGUAUGAGCUGGGACUCCCAACAUGUCACCUCCUUCACUGAGAUUGCCCACUGUAAGAGACAUACAGACAGCUGUCAGAGCUCCAACCACUCCCACACCACCCAGGACCUGUGUCCCAUCCAGGAGGCAGUUUCCCUGGGCCAGAGUAGCAGCCACUCCCCCCUACUGCUGAGUCCCAACGAAGGCAGUAGCACUGUGUCCAACCACCCUUCUGUGUCACCGGACCAUGAGGCAGAGGAGGAGGGUAAGAAAACAAGCCAGUCUGUAUUUGUACAUGAGUAAUAGUGAUUCAGCUGAAGCUAACCCUUGUUUUUUCCUAUUUUACAAACGUUCAAUCCCCUGUCCUCCCUCUUUCCCCUCCCAAUCAUAGGGGCGUGUUCAUGGGCCACUCCUGUGGUGCGCUACAGUAAGGCUCAGAGGCCCACCUCCCUGCCCAUCCAGCCCUUCGUCCUGCUUCCCCCAGCCGGUAAACCUCAGAACCAGCCCCUGGGCUCCCUGCUGGACCAGUACAUCAGCCACAAGAGCACCAAGCCCAGCUCCCAGCCAGGGUUCAAGUGCAAGGGCAAAGGCAACAGACUCCUGACCCACCUGCGUCCCUCACCACUGGGCAGCUAUGGAGCCAUCAUCCUGGAGGGCCCCUCUAGCUCUGAUACCUGCUCCACCUGCACACCAAGUCCAGAACGCUUCCAGUCCAGACGCAACUGGACACACUCCAGUCCUUACAGUAGCCCUGGCUUUACUUUGACCAGUCCAAAACAAGCUCAAAUAAGCACAAAACAAUCUAAUACCGAACUAACCCAGGUUCAUUCAUGCCAGGACCAGCUCUUUGCAGACCUAGACCAAAGCUACCCCAGCCCAGGUCAGGCCCACAGUAGCCCAAAACAGUCUCAACGUAAAGAUUCAAUCAAACGUAGCCAGGGCAUGGCUCAGAUCUGCCAAGAUCUUAUUCACCGGUUUCCAGAGCAGAAGAGCCCCAGCCCAGUCCUCCUGACCCACAGCCCUCACUGCCCCAUCACCUCCCAUGUAGCAACCAUGUCACCCUCUGCCAGUCACACCCAUCAUCCAGACCUGCUGGUGUCCUUCUCUCCAGACCAACCCUUACCGCCCCACAAGGGAACCCCACUAACCUCAGUACCUAAGGCUGGGUCUGCAGCCUCUCACUAUAGCCUGACAGCUGCUCUCUCCUCAGUGGCUCCUCUGUCCUCUCUGAGUGCCCUCCUGAAGCCCCUGGUGUCUGCAGGGCCCAGUGUGAAGCAGCAGCAUCAACAACAGCACUGUGACUCCUUCAGCCUGAGUGACAGUUGGCCACCUGUGGAGUUCUGCCUGUCACCUGAAGCCUCCUACGAGUCUCUGUCCAUCAGCCAUCUGCAGAGGAGAGGUGAGGGGGAGGAAGGGGCCUGAUCUGUGUAUAGGGGAUAGAGCAUGGAAAAUCUCAUAUAUACUGUAGAUUGGUGAGGUAGUGUACAUGUAGGUGAGAAUGUAUGGGGUUAAGGGUGUUUUGAGCUGAGAGCAUAUAAUGUGGAUUGUGUGAUGUGAUGUUGACUAUGUGUGAUGUCAACAUAUAAAGAGGAUGUGUGUGGUAGGCAGACAGUGUCGGUAAUCUAGUGUAAGAUGGAGAGUAAUUAGGCUGUACUGAACAGUCAUUAUGGGAAACUGGAAUCCUGCAUUGUCUGUUACUCUGCAGAGCUUGCUGUAGCAGUGCCUUCAAUACCCUGAAGGUUUUUUUUUCAAACAUGACCUAUUUUUAUCUCUCCCUGCACAGGAUUGGCUGAGACAUCUAGUGUGUGUGUGUGUGUGUGUGUGUGUGUGUGUGAGAGUGUGCAAGCUCCAGUGAGUGUGUUGCAGUGGGUGCAGUGUUGUUGAUACGCUGGAUAUAUGAUUCACAUAAUUAUGUUAAUUUUUUUGUGUCACAAUAGAGUUACAUUAUUAUAACCAAACAAUGUAAAUGUUAAUCACAUGCUUGUAUGCACAUCAUCUUGUGAAAGCAAAGCUUGCACAGUGAUGUAUUGUCCGUUUAGCAGGGGAGAGGACUGUAGGCAGAUUUAAUAUGCAUGAAGAUUGUACCCUGACAUUUUAGAGAGAGCCAGAGCAAGAUGGAGGAAGGGAGAGAGGAAGGGGGAGAAAACAAGUAGGGAGGAAGGAAGUGAGAGAGUAGCAAUAGAGCAUUCUGUCUCUUACUCUUCCCAUCCUCCUUUUUCACCAUGGUGGAUGAAUCAUGUAGUCACACCCAUCAUCCAGACCUGCUGGUGUCCUUCUCUCCAGACCCACCCUUACCGCCCCACAAUCAUGAAUCAUGUCCAGUAUCCCUGCACAUUGUACAUUUACCCUGUAUACCAGUGUGUACCAACCCUGGUCCUUGAGUACCCCCAACAUUACACAUGUGUAUUGUAACCCUGGACAAGCACACCUGAUUCAACUUGUCAACUAAUCAUCAAGCCCUCAAUGAGCUGAAUGAGGUGUGUUUGUCCAGGGCUACAACAAAAAUGUGUACUGUUGGGGGUACCGGAGGACCAGGGUUGGGGAACACUGCUGUAUACUGUUUAGAUUCCUCUCUUAUUUCUUGUUUUUGUAUUAUAUUUUAUUGUUAGUUGUACUUAAAAAAAAUAUUGAAUACUGCACUGUUGGGUAGCUUGCAAGUUAAGCAUUUCACUGUACUUGUGCAUGUGAUAAAUAAAACUUGUGGUUCUCUAUAUAGCCACACCCCUUUUUUUCCAGUGUGAUAUUUCUGGUUAAUGAAUGGAAAUCUGGUAGUGUUUUAUGUCAGUCCCCUCAGGUAUUUUCAUAACCCCCUGCAUGGUACAGAAUAGGACAUUAGCCAACUCCUGAUGUGCUUCUUCCCUCUUCAUGUUUCUCCAGGUCUGCUGAAAUCUGUGAGCUUGGCAGUGGAUUUGGUCAUGGCUCAUUUUGGCACCAGUCGAGAUCCUGGGGAAAAGGUACAGUGCAUCUGAGCUAAAAGUAAUCUGAAGGGAACUAGAAUAACCGGACAAGUCACAAUAAAUGACGGUAGCCCUUAUAGGAUGAAUCAACCCCCAUAAAGAUAUGUUAUUAUUUUAGAAUUACAGUGUAAAUAUUGAUCAUGAUAUGAUAAUGUUCCACUCUCUCCAGAUGCAGCUAGGGAACAGCUGUAGGAGUCCCACCAUUGGUGGUCUAGUUCUGGAGCAUCUGUGUCCCACCAUCCAGAACAUUCUGCAGGAUGGCCUCAGGGACCACAAACUGGACCUGAUAAUCGGUCAGCGACGCAACCACGCCUGGAACAUGGUGGAGGCCUCCACUCACACAGGUCAGAGAUGCAUGGUGGUGAUGAUGAUAAUAAUGAUGAUUAUAUGGGGUGUGGGGGGUUGUGGUAGGUUUGAUGCUGAUGAUGGUAUGAAUACAGUGCUACAGUUGCUCAUGGGGUUGUAGUUUAAUGGUCUCUGUUCCUGUGUCAGGCCCUACCACCCGGGUGCUCCACAGCCUGCUGUCCAAGGUGAGGCAGUGCUCCCUGCUGACCAGCCACUGUAUGAAACUACGAGCCUUCAUCAUGGGCCUGCUCAAGUGAGUCCCUGUCAAGUCUCUGAUGGUCUUUUUUAGUAUAAUAUCACAUUGUGUACUAAUGUUGUGUGUUGAUUUAUGAAAUGUUAUUAUUGUAAAAUGAGGGACUUAUAUUCUCUCUUUUAGCCUGAGGGCCUUGGAAUUCUGGCUGAACCACCUCUACAACCAAAAAGGUAUGUGUUUAGAUUAAAGGACAGGCUCUUUUUUCCUUUUCUCCGAAUUGUUAUUAGAAAAAAUUAUGUUCUUGAAACGUACCUCUCUCAUACACUUUCCAACUCUCCUCUCCCCAGAGGUGGUGACAGCUCACUACCAUCCAUGGGGUUUCCUCGCCAUGUCGCAGGGGCAGUGUCAGCCUCUGUUCCAGGAGCUCCUCCUCCUGCUGCAGCCUCUCUCCAUUUUACCCUUUGACCUCAACCUGCUGCUGGAGCCCCGCCUGCUACACAACAGACAGCUCUGCUCCGAGGAACAAGCUCCACCAUGCUCCACCUUUCUCAUGACCAGUUGUCCCCUGUUGAAAGGAGACAGCGAAGACAGACGGGGGGCAUAUGGCUUUAUGGAUGGACCCAGGGAGAACAGCAGGCCAACAGGUGACCCACACCAGCUGGUAGAGCAUCUUCAGGGGUCCUCCCAGGUUUUAAAGGUCAUGGGUCAGGAGAAGAGGGUGAGGCCUGUAGGCGAGUCUAGCAGGAACCUGUGGUCAGCCACCAUUCCAGGGUGGUGGCAGAGACAACCUUCCCACACGGAGGGGGUGGUGGAGGGGGUGGAAUGUGGACAGAUUUACAUGCAUGUCAUCCACUCUGAGCCUCAGCAGGGGAUGGAGGGGAGAAGAGAAGAGGAGACUUCACAGGAGGGCAGGAGGGAGGGAAGGGGUCCGGAGACCCCCAGGAUGACGGCAGACCCCCAGGAUGAGAGGCCUUCCCAGGGUGGGCUACGCUGGGCCAAGCUCUUUGGAUCAGGAGGGGACCACCCCACCAGGACACAGAGGGCACCCCAAAACCUCAAUGGAACACAGACCCAGAAAAGGUCAACAUUUAUCACUGAACUAUGGCUAACCUGAUCAUAUGUUGUUAUUACAGUUCCUCCUUAACAACUGUAUUUCUCUUGUCUUACAGGAGACCUUCACAGUGGCUGCAGUUGGACAGCUCUCAGCUGGGCCUAUUGGCUCAGACAGUGUGGUCAGGGAAACUCCCAGCUCCACAGCCUGACCGGAAACACCAGACAUAG